CCAAGAGCGUGCUGGUGAGCCUAGAGGAGCCAGCCAACCGUCAUGGAGGGAACUGCCACAGCGGUGAAGACGGUGGAGGAGGUGGGGGCGACCCUGCAGGACUCCCGAGGACCCUCACAGGAGCUGGCCGCCCCAAGGGAAGCCAUCACCUUCACUAGCCUCGUCCCCCACACACAACCCGCCGACGUUAAGCCCGGCAACCACCCUUAUAGCGCGGUGGACGUCGGCGGCUGGCGGGAAAGGUUGGUGAGGACGACGUCGCCGCUGCAGACGGUGGAGGAGGCGCGGACGGGGGAGUUGACGCCCUUCCGAUGGCACACCCACCACCUGGACCGUCAUCACCAGGCCGACGCCCUCCUCGAGUACUCCGACAGGUUGCGAAACAAGAGCCGCCAGACGGAGAGGUACACGGAGGAGCGGACCCACACAGCGCAGGACUCGGUCACCAAGGGCCUGGAUGAGCGCCUGGGCUCCACCCUCGAGCACCGCUCCCACCUUCACCACGCCAUCAACGCCACAGUGGAGGAGCUGGCUCUCCAGGACACCAUGAAGACCCGCCUACAGGUGGCGCUGUUCGCUCUGGAGCUGCCGGAGAGGAACACCGAGGAGUGUGUACACAUCCGCAGGUUCCGUCAGGGGGUCGACAGGACUCGUGACCCCGUUACCUUCGCCCUCGACAAGGAGACGGAGAUACUGCGUACUGGCAGAGCUCUCCUGACGCAGACACUGAAGGAGACAGAGGCGCAGAUCGGCCGCCUGCUGGAGGUGAAGCGCCUGCUGGAGCACGACUGGUCCGACAAGCAGGAAGCCUUCCAGCUGGACCACUCCGCUGCCAAGCUCGUCAACCAAGCCAUCCAGGCGCAGUUUAAGCCAGUGUCGGCGGCCCUGCACGAGGGCACGUCGGGCCCUGAUACCUGGAGCAGCCGUACCCAGCACCACCUCCAGGUCUCCGGCAGGGAGAUCACCUCAGGUACUCAGCUCAGGGGCGCCGCCAGCCAGGCGCUGCAGGACGUGGCUCGGGACGUGGAGGCCGCUGCCGAGGCCUCGGACGUGGCCCUCAACACUCGCAUAAGGGAACUGGAGGAUGCUAAGUCCAAGCUUGUUGAUAAGGACGCCAUGUUGCGGAAGGAAAUAGGAGAGGAGGAGGUGAGUCUGGGGUCGUUGCGGCAGGCACUGCAGGACAAGGAAUCCCCCCUUCAGGUGGCGCAGAGUAGACACUGGACCCGCUCCUUCAGGCCCGGCGCUGACCGCUGCCUCGACCACCCUCACUAUAGACUGAAGGACGAGUUGGAGGAGCUGCCUCAAAGCAUCGAGGCGCUGCGAGAGCGUCUGAGGGCCAGCGAGGAUACUCUGGAGGACCUUCAUCGCCUCCACGAGGACUUCGCCAAGGACAUCCUCAACAGGGAACACACCCUCAGUCUAGAGCGUCGCUGUGUCACCGUCAGGAGCCUAAAGCAGACCCAGGAGAAGCUCCUGGGUCUGUGAAUAUGUAUUCACCUAGUUGUACUUCCACUAUUUGGUCCCGCCUCUCAACUAUCAAUCAACUGGUGUACAGGUUUUUGAGCCUACUGGGCUCUAUCUUAUUUACAUUUGAAACUGUAUGGUGUCUGACUUCACCACAUCAAUUCCUCAUGCAUUCCAUUUUUUAACUACUCUGACACUGAAAACAAUAAUUUAUAAUGUCUCUGUGGCUCAUUUGGUUACUAUGUUUCCACCUGUAUCCCCUAGUCUGUGUUCCACCCACGCUAAGUUGUUUGCCUUUGUCCACCCUGUUAAUUUCUCUGAGAAUUUUGAAGGAGGUAAUCAUGUCUCCCCUAACUCUUUCUGUCUUCCAGUGGUGUGAGGUUUAGUUUCUGUAGCCUUUCCUCGUAACUCAUACCUCUCAGUGUGUGUGUACUCACCUAACUGUACUCACUUAAGUGUGAUUGCAGGGACUGAACUUCGGCUCUUUGGUCCCGCCUCUCAACUAUCAAUCAAUUGGUGUGUGUGUGUGUGUGUGAUGUGUGCGUAGUCACCUACUUUUACUCAUUUUUACUGGCGGCUUGUCAAAGGCCCCCUGAUCUUUGCACGAAUGCCCCCUUCACGGCUUUACGUGAAUGUAAAAAGACCAAUUCUAUGUAAUCUCACCAAGCCAUUGUA